UAGCCAGACAGCCAGCUAGCCGGCAAUAGUUUUUCCGUGCGUUUUUUUAAUUUUGCUCCGCAUGUUCCGCAUAAAGCUAAGAUACAAUUCUGCUCGCACACGCACACACACAUGCAAAUACCCAUACAGGCCUUCAACCAAGUCACAAGCUGGUGGCAAUAGUGGAGAUAUAUUCAAACAAUUACAAAUCGUAACAAAAAAAAAAUACAUUUCGAAAUCGACAGUUAGCUGGGAGAAUUCGUUUGGUGAAGACGCAUUAAAAUGCGAUACAUGAGCAUAAAAAAGAAAAACUAGUGUGGAAAAAUUAACGAAAAAAAGUGAAUAUAAAAUAAAUUUGAAAAAAUCAUUGUUAUAAAAAAAUAUGAUUUGGUGAAAAAAUUAAAAAAAAAAAAUUUUAAAAUUUAAAUUUGUAAAAAAGUGUCUGAACUUUUGGUUUUAAGCUAUUCAACAAAAAGUGAAUAUAAAUUUUGGAAAAAGCUUGGCAAACCCCAGCACUAGAUUCUACAACAUUUUUUUAAUCUCUCCACCAACCCCCUCACAUUCUUUAGUUUCCCUUGAAAAAAUAUACAACAUGUGCUUAUCAACACCUACGACCACAGAGAAUGGUGCUGACAAGACAUCAGCAACAUGUUCUGCAUCUAGUCAAUGUGCAAAUGCAACAGAUGUUGCUUGCAACAACCUCAAACCAAAAACAGCACUACAUGAUAGUAAUCACAAUCACAACAACACUGCAAAUAUGAACAGUAUUAUACGUCACCGGACAGACGGUCACAACACAGAGGCUAAACAACAUGAACAAAAAAAUUCCAAAACCAAAGAUUCAAAAAAUCAUACCUCAUCCAUGGCAUCAGCCACAUCGUUGGGCUACAGCGAAGAAAAUGCUGUCUACAAAGAAGUUCCCAUAACCAAAGAAAUUCAAGAGGCUAUAGAGAACGAAGUGCAAGCGAAGGAGUUUAAACCCGAGAUAAAAUGGCUCGAUUUGGUGGCACAAUUAUAUUUGCAUUUGGGAGCAGUGUAUGGUUUCUAUUUGUUAUUCUCAGCAAAAUCUCAAACUUGGAUGUGGCUUGUUUUGGCUGUUUGGGUCUCCGGCAUUGGCAUAACAGCGGGAGCCCAUCGUCUAUGGUCUCACAAAUCAUACAACGCUUCACUGCCGCUGCGCAUAUUAUUGAUCUUCUUAUUCACCAUUGCGGGCCAGCGUGAUGCUUAUACCUGGGCGCUAGAUCAUCGAAUCCAUCACAAAUUCUCUGAGACUGAAGCGGAUCCGCACAAUGCCAAACGUGGUUUUUGGUUUGCUCAUGUCGGUUGGCUUUUCCUAACACCCCACCCUAAGGUUGCGGAGAAGCGUAAGGUUAUCGAUAUGUCAGAUUUGGAAAAUGAUGCUGUUGUUAUGUUCCAACGAAAAUGGUUCAUACCCAUGUUUUCUGUCAUUUCCAUUGGCCUGCCCGUUUUGGUGCCUUGGCACUUUUGGGGUGAAUCAUUGUGGAGAUCAUUUUGGAUUUGUUUCAAUUUGAGAUUUACCGCCACUUUGAAUGCGGCCUUCUUUGUGAAUAGUGUGGCGCAUAUGUGGGGAUCCAAGCCAUAUGAUAAGAACAUAAGUCCGGUAGAGAGUCGCCUGGUAUCGUUCAUGGCUUUGGGUGAGGGUUGGCAUAAUUAUCACCAUGUAUUUCCUUGGGAUUAUAAGACCGGAGAAUUUGGUAGUUAUAAGCUGAACAUAACAACAGCCUUUAUAGAUUUUUGUGCCAAAUUGGGCUUGGCGAAAGGACUCAAAUCCGUUUCACCCGAUAUGGUUAAACGAAGGGCCAUGAAAUGUGGUGAUGGCAGUCGUUUCCUAACCGAUGAAUAUGCCCACAAGGAUGCCGUUUGGGGUUAUGGCGAUCGAGAUAUCCCCAAGGAUGAUUUACAGGAAUUGAAAGGAAUGAAUUAGUAUAAGUGAACUAUACUAAAAUAUGCCCCGGCAUUGAGGCUAGUGAAUUUUUGUUUUUAAGAAACAAUUUUUAAUUAUGAAAUACAUACAUAAGUAUAAAAAGAACAAUGGUUAAUAAUACGACAAUGUCUUAGUUAAUGACGAUGCCGAUGUUGACGAUGACCUUAUGUUGUACCAUAAUUUUGAAAUAAGGAAAUUUUUUAACCUUUUGUUACAGUAUUUGUUAUUCAUAUAAAGGAAAUAUGAUGACGCAAGUUCAUUCACAUUCCUAUAAAUCGCUAAAAGUAAAAUCAAAAAAAGAAUACCAAUUGAAAAUUGUUAAAUCUAAUAUAAUAUGGACGUCCGCCUAUACUACUAUACCACUAAGCUUAAGUUGAAUACAUUUAAGAUCCGUCUUUGUACGCCAUGCCUAUCUAUGCCUUGUCUACUAUUAAAAAAAAUUCAAUUUAAUGAACUUUUGUACCUUUUUUGUGUGGAACAUAUUUAAUGCAAUACACGAGACAUUGAUUUAA